AUGCGGGAUGUGAGGUAUAGGGCAAAGGGAGAAAGAGCUGCUUGUGCGUUGGUCUUUCUUGCGUCUGGCGGGGCAGCUAAACGUAAAGCAGAGGAGCUUCUAACAAGGGAUGGGCUACUAGGCACCAGCUUGCAGAGAGUGACUUACUCAGCAGUACUAGAAGCAAGCAACUCCUCAAGGAAGAGAAUCGAAGUCUUUUUCGCCGUCAUUUUCAAUGCAAAAGCAAGAUCAAGUGAUUAG